UAAAAAAAAAUCUUAAAAUUUGUGCCUAGCCCCUAUCUGGCAGCAGAGAUUAAUUACAGCAACCAGAUCAACAUCAACGUCAAGAUCAUGACUUCAUUCUAAGAGCAUCAUGUAUAAGAAUAGAAACGUAUCGGACCCCAGCAUAAGUCUGAAUGAUGCUGAUGAUGGUUCAAGCCAGGUCCUUACUCCGGUGGUGAGUCCUAGUGAUUUAGCAUCACCCCUCCAUCAAUCAACAUAUGUGGCCCAUACUUAUGAAAAACAUCGAUCAAAUUCAUCUCCAGUACUGUCUAGUUUGACUCUUUUGUUCAGUAACCUAAGGACAAAUGAUGGGAGUAAUAGUGAAGCAUCUUCAUCGCAAUCAGGAAGAAGUAUUUUGAAGAAAUUAUUAUAUAAGAAUAAAUCAGAAGAAGACUUACGAUCAUUAUCACCUCCUAGAUCAAGAACAAAUUCAAUGGGAAGACGUGGUUCUGGAUCGAAAAGUCCAAUUCCAUUCAUGAAUAAUACUAAUGGAUCAAUUGAUCUGAAUGAUAUGGAAUUGGAUCCUUCAAUUUAUGCCAGUAUGGGACAUCAUAUUAAAAUCCCAGAUGUAUUUAUUAAAGAUGGUUUACCAUUAUUAAAACUAUCUCAGAAAUCAAAAAAGAGAAUCAUGUUAAAGGUUGAUCCUACUAGUUUCAUAUUCUCUUGGAAAAGUGCUUCUUCAACUUCAAUAUCAGCUUCAGCAUCUAAUAAAUUUCAUAAAGUUGUACCGAAUUCGAUUCAUACUCCGAAAGCAAAACUACAUGAGUUUUCAUUAGAUAAUAUCAAAACUAUAGCAUAUCUGAAAGAGGCUACUAAUUAUAGAGAGGAGUUACAUAUAUCUAAAGAGUUUGAAAGUCAAUGGAUAACGAUUAUUUAUUAUAAUGAAGCUAAGAAAAAGCUUAAAACUUUACAUCUUAUAGCUGAUACUGAACAUGAUUUAAAACGAUUGGUACAAGCAAUUAAGAAUCUUAAGGUAUUACGUGAUCAUUUGGCAAAGGAAUUAUUUAUAGAUGCAGAAAAUAUCAAUGAAGAUAAAAUUCGUCUGAUUAUGAGUUUAGCUAAUCAUACUGAAGAUACGGUUGAUGGCAAUGAAAAACAUCAUCAUGUAAGAGAAUUUGUUUCCUUCAGUGAUAUUUUGAAAUAUGCCAAACGAUUAAAUAUCAAUUUAAGUGCCUCUUAUUUGAAAUCUAUUUUUAAUGAAGUUAAAAAUGUAUCAAAUAGUAAGGAUACUGUAUUUGAAGAAGGAUUAAAUUUCAAUCAAUUCAAACUAUUCAUAUCGAAUUUAAAGAAAAGAAAUGAUAUUAUAGAGAUUUGGAUAUCCAUUUGUGGUGAUGAACAGCUGAAGAUGUCGUUUGAAAUGUUCAAGAAUUUUAUGAUAAAUAUUCAAAAGGAAAAUUUAGAAAUCGAUCAAUUACAAAGAAUUUUUAAGAAAUUUGGUAAUGAAAAGAAUGAUUAUUGGUUACCUGAGAAUUUUAAUAGUUAUUUGAUGUCUAAAUAUUGUCAAUCCUUAAUUUCAAUUCCAAAUGAUAUAAAUGCCAAUAAUUAUUUUAAUCAUCCUUUAAAUGAAUAUUUCAUAUCAUCAUCUCAUAAUACAUAUUUAAUUGGCCGACAAGUAGGUGGAGAAUCAUCAGUUGAAGGAUAUAUUAAAGCUCUACAACGAGGAUGUAGAUGUGUUGAGGUUGAUAUUUGGGAUGGUGAAAAUGAUGAUAGUGAACCAAUAGUUAAUCAUGGUAGAACUUUUACAGUAGCUAUAUCAUUUACUAAUGUAAUUAAAACCUUGAAAAAAUUUGCCUUUGUUUCUUCACCUUAUCCUUUGAUAAUUAGUCUUGAAAUCAAUUGUAAUGCUAAUAAUCAAAGAAAAUUAGGUAAGAUUCUUAUCGAUGUAUUGGGUGAUGCAUUAGUGUUGCAUAAGUUAGAUGAUAAUGCUAUAUUACCAUCCCCUCAUCAAUUAAAGAAUAAGUUCUUAUUGAAAGUUAAAAAGACUAGUCCAUUCAAUGAUCUUAUUCCUAUGGAUGGAAGUUUUAUGACUGCAUCGCCAAGUACUGCAUCAACUACUACAACUUCGUUUAGUGAAGAUAAUGGUGUUGGUGGAGGUAAUAGUGGAGGGUUUAAGAUGAGACGAAAGAAGAAAGGUACUAAAGUGAUUGAUGAUUUAAGUGAACUUGGUAUAUAUGUUCAAGGAUUAAAAUUUAGAAAUUUUUCAUUACCUGAAUCGAAAACUUUCAAUCAUUGCUUUUCAUUAAGUGAGAAAUCGAUAAAUUCGAUGUUAAAGGAUGAUACUAAGAAAGUUGCGGUUGAUAAACAUAAUAGAAAGUAUCUUAUGAGGAUUUAUCCAUCUGGUUAUAGAGUAUCUUCAUCUAAUUUUAUACCAUUAAAAUAUUGGAGUAAUGGAGCUCAAAUGGUAGCGACGAAUUGGCAAACUUAUGAUUUAGGACAACAAUUGAAUGAAGCUAUGUUUGAUGGACUUCAAGGAACAGGAUAUGUAUUGAAACCAAUUUCAUUAAGAAAACCAUUAUUGAAAUCAAUGAGAGAACUGGCAUCUAAAUUGAAAUCAACUACAUAUAAAUUUGAAAUCACCAUUAUUAGUGCUCAUCAACUUCCCAAAUCAAAAGAUGAUGGAGCCCAUGCUAUAAAUCCUUACAUAACGGUUGAUUUUUAUGGUGCAACUCCAUUCGCUGAAUCUGAAGAUUAUAAACUAGCUACUUACAAAUCAUCUUUAAUAUUAGAAAAUGGGUUUAAUCCAAUUUGGAAUGAAACAUUCAAAGGUACCAUCACUACAGAAUCUGAUUUAGCAUUCAUUAAGUUUACGGUUAAUACUGUGUCGGGGCCAUACACAGAACAUGAUAGAGGAACACCCAUUGGAGGUCUUGUGUUCCGGUUAAAUUAUUUAAAACAAGGGUAUAGGUAUUUACCUAUAAAGGAUCUGUUUGGAGAAGAGUUGGUUUACUCUUCGUUAUUUGUAAAAAUUAAUUAUUGUAGAAUUAACUAAUAACUAUGAAUGGUUAUUAAAUUGAUAUUACUAUAUUUAGUUAGAUUCACUUAUGUAACUUAUUUAUUUAAUGAA